AUGGCGUCCCAGCUUCUUCCUCUAGAGUUGAUUGACAAGUGUGUCGGAUCCAGAAUCUGGGUCAUUAUGAAGGGCGACAAAGAAUUCUCCGGCACAUUGCUUGGGUUCGACGACUACGUCAAUAUGGUCUUGGAGGAUGUAACGGAAUUCGAUUACUCUGGAGCUCAGAUUAAGCUUAAUAAGAUCUUGCUCAAUGGAAACAAUGUCUGCAUGUUGAUUCCUGGUGGUGAAGGGCCUGUUGGUAGUGCUUGA